GCAGAAUAUGGCCGCUGUGACUGGAGUGAAAACAAACACUGAUGAUUUCUGGGUGAAAGCUUCAUAGGUUUGGAUUUAAAACGCUAAAAUGGGGGACCCACUGGAAAUACAAACUGUUCAGGAUCGCCUCAGUCGUCUGAAGGAGCUGACAGAGUUUACUGAAAACUGCAAGAAUCAGCUGAAUGAUAUGUUUAAAACGCUGGGAUGGUCGAUGGACUACAAGCAGGAAGCGAUGGAGCAGUGUCCCUACGACCCCGAUCACAGAGUCCCAGUCAGGAGCAUAGAGAAACACAAAGCAGCCUGCCGCCUCAGAAAGAUGGGCUACUCGGCGGAGGAGCAGGCGGAGAUGUACGACCACUCUAUAUGUUAUGAAAACAGCAGUGUCAGAACCUUUACAAUGGACAAAUCUACCCAGCACCAGGUGAUCCUACAGGCGAGAUCCGCUGCACCGCUGAUGAGGAUGGAAGGAGUCUUCUGGCAAGGUCAGUACUCCGGCCAGCCUGUCGACGUGCCUCAGAACCACAAGCGAGCUGUGUGUGACCUCACUGUGGCCGACAGAUUGGCUCUGUACGAUCACGUGGUCAGCCAGCGGAAGGAAGCUGCUUCCUCCAGCAACGAAGACCUCUAUGUAGAUUUGGUGUCCAAACUGCAGAAGGAUGACGAACAGAACGAACCAAAGACUCAUCUGGAGCUAAUGGCAGAGAUGAGGGACUACAAGAGGCGGCGUCAGUCCUACCGAGCCAAGAACGUUCACAUCACCAAGAAGUCUUACACUGAGGUGAUCAGAGAGGUGAUCAACGUCCACUCAGACGAGCUCGCCAGACAGUGGAGAGAGGACGAGGACGAGUCGACACGAUCUGAACACUCCUCCCACAGGCGUCGUUUGAAUGAAAGGAGGUCAGCGUCCUCAGAGUCUCACAACUCCCACAGCAAACGCCAUCGCAGCCGGGAACGAAGCCAAGACAGAGAGAGCAAGAAGAAGAAAAGGAAGAAGGAGAGGGAUUCCCGUUCCCCCAGUGACCACCACCACGAACGCAAGAAGAAGAAAAAGAAGAAGAAGGAGGAGCGGGAGAAGGAGAAAUGAGAUUCCUGGAUCAGCAACAACAGAAAUCUGAUAGGAUGAGGUCAAGGGUGGUCGUGACCUCUACAGGUCAAAAUAUGUCAGAUGUCGCAUGUUAAGUGUUUAAACUUCAGGAUUUGGGGAAAUUAUAAGUGAGAAUAAAGUUUUGGCAAAAAACAACAUGAACAUUUGGACAUUUUGUGCUUCACAGACACUGUGCAGCUCAGCUGUUCAGUGUUUUACAGAGAAACUACAGGUCUGCUGAACACACUCCACCUGCCUCCGCCUGAUUGGCUGAGAGUGAUUUCCAACUAGAGACUACUUGGAAUUUUUGGACAGGAGUGUGAUAGCUGGCACACUUUCACUACAGGGUCAAAGGUCACCCUGUUUCAAGCCCAAUGUUACUGCGUGUUUAUACAGGAUUUCUACAGUCUUAAGAAAACAAUGGAAAAUCUUUUAAUUUGAAAUUUGAGUUUUUUUAAUGUCUAGAUUAGUUUUUUCAAGAAAUAACUAAUAUUUAAAACCAGCAGGAAGUUAUUUUAAAAACCAUGUCAUCAUUCUGAACAACUCACUCACAGGAGAGCCAGUGCUGCAAUUGGUGUAAAUCCAAACAUGCUUCCCGUGGGGCCUUGAAAUCAUUGAAAGUUUUUGAAUUUGAGAAUAAAAUCAAGGCCUUGAAAUCUUCUGAAAAUAGACACGAGUUAUGGAAAGUCUACAUCACUGUAACAACUGACCAGAAGUGUUAACACAUUCAAACCUUUCUCUAUUUUUAUUGUUGUCUGAGUUUCUAUGAAGCUGCUGAAUCUUGGUGUUGUAACAGUAAUUAACAUUAAUUAACCAUGAUCUGUGUCUCGAACUGUGCCAUGUUGGCUCCUUGAAUUUGAGGGAAUUGAUCCUGGAAAGUCCUUGAAAAGUCCUUGAAUUUGAUGUUAAAUCUAAAGUCAAAGUUGCAGCAGAGACCUGUAACACUGAAAUCUAUUUUAACAAUCAACUUGAUUCAUUUGAAUUAAAUCUCAUUAGUUUCUCA